UCAUUUUCCUACCUUGGAGUAGGCUAUUUCAAUUUCCUAAAUUAAAGGGCAUAUUAACACCAAUAAAAAAAAUUAAAUCAAAAAUUUAUAUAUUAAAAUGUUUUGACCAUAAAUAUUCCAUGUAAAUGCCAAUAGUAAUUUAAACUUCCACACAAAGCCUGCCAACUAUACAAAUGUGUCGGUUCUAAAUAUACUUGAAAAUUAAAUCUACUUAAAAUAUGCUUGCCUUCCAUUUAAUACCAAAUUAUUUUGUAAAUCAGCAUGAAUUAUAUAACUGAUGUAAAUGUUUCUACAAUAUAUUUUACAGAUGCAUAAACAUAUUCUCACCUCUUAUGGUGCUUUAUUCUGAAAAAUAACUUUACCAUUCUCCAAAAAGAAACUUUUCUCUUGACUAUAAAGAAAGGUUAGAAAAGCUAAGAAUUAUUUGUUAAAAGAAUGAAUUUUAAUGAUUGGAAAACUUGUUAAAUGACCUGUCUACAACACCUUGAUAUUUAAUGGCUACAAUUUUAUGAAGGUUUUUUUACAAAUUCAUAAGUGCUAAAAGUUGUUUAAUUAUUUUUUAGUAAAGCAUGAACUUGUAUAAAGAGAUUACGGCAUAUUCUAUUUUUUACAUACAUAAAAGAAGAAAAAAUGGUGAAAAUUCUCAAGUUUGUAUAUGUUAUGGUUCUGUUUAUUUUCUUAUCUUUUGUUGCAACAGAAGCUGGUGGUGUGCGAGUUGAAUGUGAAACUGAAAAAGAAUGUCCACAAAGUCCGAAUGCAUUUUAUGUUAUUAAAUGUGUUGAUCACUUCUGUGAAUGGUAUCUUAUUUUAAUUAAUAACAUUUUUAAACUUUUUUUUACUAUAGUACACAUUGAAUGUGAAACUGAUGAAGAUUGUCAACAAAGUGUGAACGUAUUUUACAUUAUUAAAUGUAUUGAUCACUUUUGUGAAUGGGUUGAACUGGAAUUUUGAUUCUAAGAUUAAUAGGGCUUGGAAAGUACAACAACACCCUACAAAGAAGAAUUAUUGUGCUAGAAAAAUAAAUGUAUUGGAGUUCAAUUAUUUUACUUUAGCUAAAAUGAUGGUAAGACAACAAAGACUAUUAUUUAUGUUUUCUUCAUCUCUUUAAAUUUUAUUACUUCAAACUCCAUCACAUAUAAAAAUGGCUUUAAUGGUUAGGUUGAAAAUGCUUUCUAUUUUUAAAACAUAAUUUUGUUUUUAUGCCAUAAUUUCGUCACAUUUGUAAUUUUCGAAGACUUCUAUUUAAAUUUCUCUUAUAUUUUAUUUAGCUUUUCUAGCCUGGUUUACAUAUUCAAUACUUUGCUUUUUAAAUUUCUUACACUCCACAUCAUCUUUUCUCUCUUCCACCUAAU